ACCCGAAUCCCUCUUUCAUUUUCCUCUACCAUUCACAGAAAGCUCAGGCACGGCAGGCAAGCUUGCAAAGCUUAGAGCUUUUUUAAAGCAAAAAUGGCAAACACCACCGCAGCACCGCCACACCAGCUCUCCCAAAAGGAGUCUGAUAUUCAGAUGAUGUUGGCCUCCGAUGUCCACUUGGGAACCAAGAAUUGUGACUUCCAGAUGGAGCGAUACAUCUUCAAGAGGAGAAACGAUGGCAUUUACAUUAUCAACCUGGGAAAGACUUGGGAGAAGCUUCAGCUGGCAGCUCGGGUAAUUGUUGCCAUUGAGAAUCCUCAGGACAUCAUCGUACAGUCUGCAAGGCCUUAUGGUCAGAGAGCGGUUCUGAAGUUUGCUCAGUACACAGGUGCCCAUGCUAUUGCUGGAAGGCACACUCCUGGUACCUUCACCAAUCAGCUACAAACAUCAUUCAGUGAGCCCCGUCUUCUCAUCCUUACCGAUCCAAGGACUGAUCACCAGCCCAUUAAGGAAGCUGCUCUUGGAAAUAUCCCAACCAUUGCCUUUUGUGAUACUGAUUCACCAAUGCGGUAUGUUGAUAUUGGGAUCCCUGCUAACAACAAGGGGAAGCAUAGCAUAGGAUGUCUCUUCUGGCUUUUGGCGAGGAUGGUUCUGCAGAUGCGUGGUACUAUUCGUGUUGGUUCUAAAUGGGAAGUGAUGGUGGAUCUAUUCUUCUAUCGGGAGCCAGAGGAGGCUAAGCAACAAGAAGAAGAAGAACCAACUGCGAUUGCAGAUUAUGGAAUUGAGUAUUCUGCUGCUCCCCUUGCUGCUGACCAAUGGCCUGUUCAAGGUGCCGAUACCCAGUGGAGCACUGAAGUUCCGCCACCAGUAGUUCCUGGUACCUGGGGCUCUGAAGCAGCUCCUCCUGUUGCUGAAUGGGAUGUUGUUCCACCACCCCCAAUGGCUUCUACUGUUAUUGAAGGUGCUCCUCCUGCUACUGGCUGGGAUUAAAAGAAGUUUGCCAGCUUUUUUACUUAAAUGCUCUUUGCAUUCAGGAUUUUGAGUUAGAUAUUUAAGUGUUAUCAAUUUUCUGUUGGGAAAUGAACAGCUUAGUUUUAGAUUUGAGUUUCAGGGAUUUUUGACUUUGUUGAGGAUGCUUUAUAUUUUAUGAUUUAAUAUUUGUGUAA